GUCGUUCCAGUAUUCGCUAGUAUCUUAACAUUUAUAACAUUCUCAUUGACAGGAGGUAGACUUGACGCUGCAGUCGUAUUCUCUUCUUUGGCAUUAUUCAACGUUCUUCGAAAACCUAUAGCAUUCAUGCCAAUGGUUAUAGCUGCUGUUACUGAUGCCUAUGUAGCAAUUAAUCGAAUAAAUGAAUUUUUGCAAGCUGAUGAAUUAUCAGUCUUACCGGGAAUCAAUCCGGACGAACAAUAUGCUAUUAGAGUUACUGAUGGUGAAUUUAUUUGGGAAACUACGGAUUCAGUUGAUGAUAUUUUUGACACCUCUACAGCUUUGACACCUGCAGAUUUAGCUAAAAACCUUGAAAAUUCUCAACCACUUUCUCCAAAAUCUCAACUUUGUAACAUUAACGUUUCAAUACCUCGUGGAAAGUUGAUUGCCAUUAUUGGUUCCGUAGGGUCUGGUAAAUCUUCACUAUUGUCUGCUCUGAUUGGUGAAAUGAAAAGGAUUAAAGGAGAAGUUCUACUUGGCGGAAAUGUUGGAUACUGUCCUCAAACUGCGUGGAUUCAAAAUACUACACUCAGGGACAAUAUUACUUUUGGAUUACCUUUUGAUGAAGAAAAGUAUCGACAAGUAAUUAAAGAUUGUUGUCUAGAACCAGAUUUAAAAGUAUUGCCCGCUGGUGACCUUACUGAAAUUGGAGAGAAAGGAAUUAAUUUAUCCGGAGGACAAAAACAACGUGUCAGUAUUGCAAGAGUUGUAUACUAUAAUGCUGAUAUUGUGUUAUUAGAUGACCCAUUAUCGGCAGUUGACGCACAUGUUGGAAAGUAUUUAUUCACAAAUUGUAUUCAAGGUGCACUUGCCGAAAAAACACGUUUACUUGCCACACAUCAUUUACAUUAUCUACCACAAGUUGAUUACAUAAUAUGUUUAGAAGACGGUGAAGUCGCUGAACAAGGAACUUAUGAAGAAUUAAUGAAGAAUGGGAAAACCUUUUCGAAAUUGAUUGCUGAAUAUGGUAAAGUUGAAAGUGAUGAUGAAAUAAAAGAAGACAAAGGGCCAACUUUGGACGACGGAAAAGAAAAUAAAAAAGAUCAGACAGUUAUUUUGUCUAACGAAUUAAUGUCAACGGAAGAACAGUAUAGAGGGGCAGUGGAUAGUGAGAUAUAUUUGGCAUAUUUAAGAAAUGCGGGUGGAUUUUUAUUGAUACUAUUCAUUAUUUUCUUGCUUACUAUGAUGCAAGGAACAAAUAUUGGUAUUUUAAGUGGUGUUGCAAUUUCUUACAGCGGUGUCAACGCAGCCAAGAGAUUACAUCAUAGCGUAAUUAAACGUGUAUUAAGAGCGCCAGCACGUUUUUUUGAUACUACUCCUUUAGGAAGAAUUAUUAAUCGAUUCAGUAAUGACAUCGACACAUGCGACAGUUUACUUUCUGAAUCAUAUCGAGUGUUUCUUACAACCUUCUCGGACAUUAUUGGACUUUUUAUUCUAAUUGUAGUGGUGUUUGUGUGGUUUAUUGUCCCUUUGGUUCCUUUGAUCAUGCUUUAUUAUUUAACAGCUCUUUAUUAUCGGACGUCUAGUCGCGAAUUAAAGCGAAUUGAUUCGGUAUUAAGAUCUCAUCUACAUGCUCAUUUUUCCCAGACACUUACAGGGCUGCCGACUAUUCGUGCUUAUCGUGAACAAGAAAGAUUUUUGAGAAACAACGAAACGUUUUUAGAUAUCGAAAAUAGAGCAUAUUUUCUCAUUAUAUGUGCCCAACGAUGGCUUGGAGUGCGUCUUGGAGCCAUCGCAACUAUCAUAAUGUUUUUUGCAAGUUUAUUUGCAAUAAUUUUUAGACUUAAUGUUGCACCUUCAAUUACUGGAUUAGUAUUGUCUUAUGCACUUCAAAUUACAUCAUUUUUUAAUUGGUGUAUCAAACAAUUUGCCGAAGUG